ACAAACACACACACACACGAACACACACACGCUAGAGACAGCUGAACAGAAACUUAUCAAGAGCAGUCACCAGGGACUUGUUCAGAACCUAAACUGUGCCACUCAGGAUGUACUGUAAGACAACUACAGACAUCCAUUUUAAAUAUAGAUCAGAGCACAAGAUCAACUUCUGCUGUACGCCGUAGCCGGGUCCGGUGGGACAGACCUGAGCCUUCUUUCAGUACUGCGCGGACUGCAACGCGUUUAUUGCCUCACAGUGACCAGAAAGUCAUCAGAAAAAAAAAACAACAACAGGCCAGACUGGCUCGGGUUGAAGCUUUCAGGGAAUUAUCUGUCAUCUGAAGCCACAACGUCUAAGGACAGAGGAGACCUUCAUGCAGACCCUGAACCCUAAUCUGAUGGAUUGAUUCCAGGACACUCCAAUAUGUUUAAGAAGAUCUGAACAAAGGCGUUAGGGCCAGAAGUCACCUUCACGGACUGUUGAACAUGAAACCUUUAGUUCAUCUCAAGCUUGAUGAAGAGGAACACCUUCUGAACGAAGCCCAGCGUUGAUAGUGACAGUUUAUUCCAAAGACCUCGCCACCAUGAUGGAGAAACUGAAACACUCCGCUCCACCUGCCUCCCCUCCUGACCUGCCUCGUCCCACCUCCUCUUCCUCUCCCUCUUCUUCCACCUCUUCGCCCUCCUGUGCGUCCGUGGAGCCACAGAGUCCUUCGGUGUCCUUGGACUCCGUUAGAAGCCCACACCCCACCAGUAAAUCUGGGCCUACGGAGCAUAUGAACGCCCCUGCUGCAGCCACGACUCGGUCUCCCAUCAUCCUGACAACAGUGUCAACCAGUCAACAGGCAGGUGGUCCACCCGAGUCUGCCAUCAGGGAGACGGAGCAGGACAAAGAGGCGUCAAAACUAGAGGGAUCAAGAAUCACUGCCUGUAAUGCGGCUGCCUCGACGCAGGGGUCCCCAACUCUUUCUUCUCCGCCUCCGCUCCUCCCGGCUCCAGCCAAGACUUCUCCGUGCCCUCUGCCACCUGCGGCUUCCACCGCAAACGUCCGCUCAUCGUCCUCCCUCUCUCCCCUCCCUCCACACAUCCCGGUAAUCAGCCUCGGUCACAGCAAGCCCCCUCUGCCUCUCCCCAAUACCCCCUUGACUGCCCUCCACCCGAUUCCCAGCCUCAUACACGGACCCCACGGGGACAUCCGGCGCGGCCAGCAGAGCUGUUUAACCAUGGUGGGUCCUGGAGCUUCGGGAUUAUCUGGAGGUCCUGGAGGCCCCUCCAACGGUCUUCCUGGGCCCCUCUUGGCUCAGCAAUACCUGCCUGCACAUCCGUUCCUCACCAGUUCCUACCUGGGACCCUCAGGAGGAACCUACGGCGUCAACAACAACAUCCGCAUCAAGAGGAGGCCCUCGUCUCAUUUUGAGAUGGAGAUCAACGAAUGCCCUCCUCAGAAGCUCGCCCGUCGGGUGUUCACCAACAGCCGGGAGCGCUGGCGGCAGCAGAACGUGAACGGGGCGUUCUCCGAGCUCAGGAAACUCAUCCCCACGCACCCGCCUGACAAGAAGCUCAGCAAGAACGAAAUCCUGCGCCUGGCCGUGAAGUACAUCAACUUCCUGGUCACGCUGCUCAACGACCAGGCCCAGAACCGGAGCAGGGACUCGGGCGACGACAAAGCCGAGCGCAGCGGCGGCGCGGCCGGCUUGGACGGCAACGGCCAGAGGACUCUGUUCCAGAGGGACACGCCGUCCGCUGCGGCCAGCCCCGCUGCCGUGCCAUCGGCCCACAGGGAUUCAACGGACUCGGUCAUCGCCUUGGCGAGCUCUCCGGCAACCUCGAGCUGCUUCGGAGACACGGACAGUGAGGAGAGCUAUGGGGCUAGGUCGUCGUUGGUAACGCAUGAAAUCAAGGUGAAAGGCCAGAUGACAAUGAUUGCUGCCUCUAAGGAUGAGCGGUGACUGUAAGAACAAAGACAGAUACCAGAACCCUGUACAGACACCGGGAGGCAAACACAAUGUUUGACUAACCAGAUGCCCCCAGAAGUGUUAGAAGACUGAGUGUGGCGUUUCCUUCAAUCAUCCAGUGUUUUGAAAUCCGCUUCUAAGCAGUGUGAAUAAAAAUUUUGGAUUUUGGUGGCAUUUGA